UCCCUUUAACUGUAGGAAGCUCGGCGCAUUAUUAGCGUUCAGCAACACCCCACGAUCGCAAGCCGCCUGUCGAUCAUUUCUCAGCCAGUAGCUGCUGAACGUCCGCGCGUACCACAUCGGAGUGUAUUCCUGACCGAGGCCUGACUGGUAGAAGUCUUGGUGUGGUGUCUAGGAUACUUUUGAAAGAAAAUCGAAAAUCGUGUUAUCAGUAGGGAUUUGCAUUUAUGGAAAACUGACAUGAUGAAGUUUCCCUUUCUGGUGCUACAAUCGGAUUCCACAUCUCACAUGGUUCGUGCUGUGAUCUUGGUGCUCUGUAUCGGUUGGCAUCUAGCAACCGUUGAGGCGUACGAUGUGUUACUAGGAUAUAACAAGAGUGAAUACUGGAAAAUUCCUCAGCUGCAGGUGUACGACAGCAUUGAGCAGUGUCUCCACAACAAGCCGACGGGUGUGUUCUGUAUCGCGAAGGUGGUAAUCAAGCCGGACAGCCGCUCGGAAAUAUGGAGACUGAUUAAAAAAUACUCCAAAUAUACGUUCCAGUAUAAUCAUGAUGUGCUUACGCGUGGUGUGUGUCUUGAACGGUGCGCGAGCGUGUUGGAGCAGUUGGGCUCGACGGCAGAUAGAUACUAUGAGCCAAAGUUUAACGUAUCGAAAAGGUACGCAAUGUCGGAUUGGAUGCUGCCUAACGUUACCCAGUACCGUCAAGCUUACGGACACUUGAUCAAUGUGUGCCUGAACUACGAUCUUCGAACCCGCUACAAUCUUACCGGAUAUGCCGAAAUAGAAGAAUGCACCACCAAUGCAAACUGGGAGCGUCCUAUGGACAUUCUCGAUAUUUGCUACGUAGCACUCCUUUCACUGCUGCUCCUGCUAGCGAUCGCUUCCCAGUGCUACGACAGUUGGCUAGCGCGUAGAUCGUCCGAAGAAAACCAUUACGGGAAAUCGCUCAAAAGUCGUGUGGCAACGUUGGGGACUGCUUUUUCCAUCCGUCGCAAUUGGCUGCGGUUAACGUACAAAGCGACGCGCAGCCAGUAUCAGCAGGAUUUGGACUUUCUCGAUCUGAUACGGGUGCUGACGAUGAGCUUCAUACUGCUGCUGCACGUGUUCAUUGGGAUGGCCAUGUUUACUGCCCAGAAUCCACUAGCAAUGGAGCAGUUUUCAGCUCACCCACUGUCCCAGAUGCUGUUCUCGAUCGCACCGUUCCAGGUGGACAUGUUCUUUUGUAUCAGUGGGCUGCUGCUGACGGUGCAGUUUCUGGAGCACACCGAAAACAAACGCUUCCGAAUCAGUAUCCUAUGGCAGGGUUUAAUCAAUCGGUAUCUUAGGUCCCUUCCAGUCUACGCAGUUCUGAUGCUAUUCACCGUAUCUCGCUACGAUACGUACCAGACGACACCUUCCGCCUACAAAAUUAUGCCCAAAGUACGGCUAAUCUGUCGCCAGAAGUGGUGGAUCAACUUCCUGUACAUCAACAACUACUACCAGCCGGAGGAACAGUGCCUCAUACACACCUGGUAUCUGGCGGCCGACUUUCAGCUGUUUGUCAUCGGACUGGUGGUGUUGACUUUGCUGUGGCGGUUCCCGAAAGCUACCUUCUGGACGGCAGUCUCACUGGGCGUGGUGGGUUUCGUGCUGCCCAUGAUCAACACGUACCUGUACGCCAUGGAUGCAAUGAUGCCGCUGACCAUGAAAGGGAACGAAUAUCAGCUCUGGUACGACGAGUACUUCGUGAAGUCAUAUCAAGCAACGGAAACGCACUGCUGUAGCUACUUUUCCGGCAUGAUUGCAGGGUUACUCUACUAUAAGAUCACUCGCAAAGAGCUACCGCUUCCGAUCGCGACUAUAAAGAAUGUGUUUACUUUGGCGUACAUUUCCAUCAUCGGAUUUGCUCUGCAAGCUCCACUCUACAAUAUGAUGCAGUUCGACAAACCAUCCGUCUGGAUGGCAAUCCUGUCCGGAGUACACAAACUGUCCAUCGGUUCAUUCUAUUCGAUGGCGUUUCUGCUGCUCACCUUCCACGAUCGAAACUCAUCCCUUCGGCGAUGGUUCAGUGGGAAUGCACUUAGCCGUGCAAUGGCACGACUCGGGUUCGGAUUCUACCUUGUGCAGAUGACUGUGCUGAAGGUGGUGUUCGGUAACUACCCGGAGGAUACGCGCAUCAAUGUUCAACUGAUUAUAUCAACGUUUUGCUCAACCUUCAUCCUGUCGUACGGAAUCGCUCUCUUUGCAUUCAUCUUCAUCGAGAAACCAUUUGAUGUUCUCUUCAAGCUACUGCUAAGCAAUGGCAAAGCACGCAGAACGGAACCAAACCCGCCUACGGUUCAAUCAAACGGCAACAUUUCGGUGAUAUCUUCGUCGAUGGGUCCCGGGGCAGUUGGAAUACAGGACGAAAAAGUUAUAAAGAAUGGGUCUAGUAGGUAAACCCAAGUCCCUUGGAGAGAUUUGUAUUGCUAUAAUUGCAGCCAUCUUCCUUGUGUAGAAUUUUGUGAUAAGUGAAACAUUGGGAGCACACAGAAAAAAACAUUGAAAUUAUAGUUAAGGAUUAACAACUAAGUAACGUAGAAUUGCUUUAAGACAAAUCCCUGGUUUGGCUGCUGGCAUUAAGCAUUCAAUUUAACUCUCUUUACUCCGAUUUUGUAGCAUCCUUUUCCUUGCCAUCGUGUUGAGAUUUGGUUGCUCCUAGAGGAAAAAAGAGCCAGCAAAUAUAAGAUCAUAGUAAGGGGAAAGGAAUUUAACGAAUCCUUACCAAACAAUCGUUUGAAAAUGGCAGCUGCCGGUAGUUCGACCAUCAGGGCUAGUACGAGUGCUAUAGCGUAGCAAACGAUCCACGUGUAGGCGACAGAUUCAAACUGAAAGAAGAAGUAUUUUUCAAUAUUUA